AUGGAUAAAACGCAUGCGAAGAAAACCGCGUUCUCCACUCCCCACGGGCACUACGAAUUCAACCGUAUGCCCUUCGGCUUGAAGAACGCACCCGCAACGUUCCAACGACUCAUGGACCAAGUCCUAUCGGGUUUGCAAGGAGCCGAGCUCUUCGUCUAUCUCGAUGACAUUGUGUUAUACGCGAGCUCCCUACGCGAACAUGAACUCAAGUUCAAUAAAUUAGCGGAGAGAUUAAAGAAAGCCAACCUAAGACUGCAGCCCGACAAAUGUGAAUUUCUGAGAAAAGAAGUCGGAUAUUUAGGCCACAUUAUCAGCGACAAAGGCGUAAAACCGGAUCCCGAAAAGAUCCGCGCAGUAAGGGAUUUCCCCAGGCCAAAGCAUGCAAAAAACAUUAAACAAUUCCUGGGCCUCGCGGGCUACUAUCGUAAAUUUAUCCCGAAUUUUUCCAAACUCGCGUUCCCCCUCACGGAAUUACUAAAGAAGGAUCGUGAAUUCAAAUGGAACCCGGAACAGGAACAAGCGUUCACCACUCUCCGCGAUUCCCUGUGCACGCAACCCGUCCUGCAGUAUCCCGAUUUUACCAAACCCUUCGUUCUCACAACCGAUGCCUCGGGAUACGCCAUAGGCGGGAUACUAAGUCAGGGAACCAUUGGAAAAGAUUUACCUAUAGCCUAUGCGUCACGCUUGCUUAAUGACGCAGAAAAAAAUUACUCCACAAUAGAGAAAGAGCUUCUCGCUAUUGUGUAUUGCGUGAACCACUUUCGUCCCUAUCUAUAUGGACGAAAGUUCGCGCUAGUGACGGAUCAUAAGCCACUCGUGUGGCUACACUCUGUAAAGGAUCCUACCUCUCGACUCGUCCGCUGGCGUUUAAAAUUGGCCGAGUACGAGUAUGAGGUAACGUACAAAGCGGGAAAGACUAAUGUAAACGCGGACGCACUUUCGCGAAACCCCAUCCCUAUAUCCGCCAGAGGAAACUCUCAAAUCCUAGUCCUCGAAAAUGAACCUCUGUCAGCCGAGUCAGAUGAAUCUCUAUUUUCCACAGUGCCAAAACCGGGCACUAACGAAAGCGGCACGCCGACCAAUGCGGAAAAAACACCCCCGACCUUGCCCUGCGAGCAGCUAAACGAAGCUGAAGAAUAUGUAAACAGCGAAAGCGAACUCGGCACCAAAAGCGACACAGAAUAUGAAAGUAGCUCCGAGUCCGAUGACGACGAACAAGUGCUCGAAAACCCGAACGAACCCGCCACUAUACGAAAUCCAACGGGACCUAACAUAAUAACGAUCCCCGACAAUUUCACCACGCGACGCGAUAACCUUGUUAUUUUCACUACGCAGCAAGGCAUCCCGAUCGACCAAGGGGCUCGCAUGCUCGCAGAAACGAAUUCAUUACCUUUAAUUAGAGACGCGACACUAGGCAGAGCCCGCGUCGACCGGAAUGGCUCGCGACGAAUCAUAUCUUUAAUCGUCAAAGAUAGAGUGUCAGGAAUAACGGAAAAGGAGAUUAUUAAGGAAACAAUCCACUCCUUGCUAGACGUCGUCACCGAACUCGAUCUACAAUCGAUCUCUAUUGCCAGAGGCAACAUUGAUAAUGUAUCCUGGGAAACAGUAUACAUGCAAAUUAUUCGAAUCCUGAGCGAAACCAGAAUUAAAAUUUUCGUUUGUAAAAAUGAUAUUACCAUACCAGCAGAAGGAAACAGACAGCAAAUUCUCUCGGAGAACCAUUGCUCUGCCGUAGGCGGACACAAGGGUGUUACGAAGACGUAUAACCGCAUAAAAAAGAGAUAUUAUUGGCCAGGAAUAAAAGCGAGCGUUGAAUUAUAUAUAAAGAAUUGCCGCGCUUGCCAAUUAAAAAAAUUAGUAAGAACAAAAACUCGACAACCUAUGAUACUUACCGACACCCCUGACUCCGCCUUCGACAAAAUCUCCAUGGAUAUCAUGGGUCCUUUACCAACGACACAUUCAAACAAUUCUUACAUACUUACUAUACAGGACCUGUUAACUAAAUACUCUCUCGCGAUACCGCUCCAACGCGCCGGAGCCAUAGAAGUAGCCGAUGCGCUCACUAAUGAAUUUAUAUGUAUUUUCGGAGCUCCCAAGGCAAUCCUGACCGACCAAGGACUGCACUUCCUAAAUAGUCUUAUGCGAAACGUCGCGCGUAAAUUUAAGAUUAAACACUGUAAAACCACAGCGUAUAGACCACAAGCCAACGGUUCAGUCGAAAGAUCGCACCAAGUCUUGUGGGAAUACCUGAAGCAAUUUGUAGACAAAAAUAGCGAAUGGGAUAAAUGCUUAAAACCCGCAUCCCUCUCAUACAAUACAAGUGUUCACGAAGGCACCUUGUAUACUCCGCACGAGCUCGUGUUCGGUAAAAUGGCACGAACUCCCACGAGCGACCCCGCUAUCACAGACACAACGAACGAAAGUUAUACCGAAUAUCUCUCAACACUCUUUAAUAGGAUUAAAGACGCACAAGACAUCGCACGCGAAAACCUAACACGCGCCAAAGAGAGAUCCAAAAGAUAUUAUGACCGUAAAGUUAAGGCUUGUAACGUUAAGGUAGGCGAUAGCGUAUACCUCCUUAGAGAACCCUCCAAAGGGAAACUAGGGGACCAGUACGUAGGCCCCUAUAGAAUUUUAGAAGUUCGUAAGAACCAUAAUGUAAAACUAGCUAUUAGCGCCACCAGAACCCGUGUAGUACAUGUAGAUAAACUCAAGCACUCGCCCCACGACGCCCCCACCACGGAAGAUUCCCCCACUCCAGAACCACCAUAUCAACGGAAGCCGGACGGAGGACCGACUAUAACUCCGCCAGACACCGAAGCGUGA